UGUGUCAACUCAUAACAUCCUUACACACAGUUAAAGAAGGAUAUUGGCAAGCUGGAACAUGUUUGGAGAAGGGCGUCCAUACCAAUAAAAAGUUUGAUAGCCAAGCCCCAUGUAGAGAGUACGGAAAUCCCUCUCAAAUAUUUAAACACACAACAAUGAAGACUUGUUACCUUCUUGUUCUUCUAUCUGCUUUGACUCUUCUUCCUGAGGAAGCAAUGAGUGACGGUCCAUGUAUUAGCUUGGGUAUACCUCUCUUCAAUCUUGAUUUAAACUUUGGAAACUCAAACUGUGGACGUGGAAGGAACAUGAAAUAUGAUGAUGAUGAUGAUGAUGAUGAUGAUGAUGAAGAUGAAAAGGAAGACGAAGACGAAGAUGAAAACGAAGACGAAGAUGAAGAGGAAGAGAACAAGAACAGGAACAGGAACAGGAACAGCAACAAGAACAAGAACAAGAACAAGAACAAGAACAAGGGCAAGAAAAAGGGCAAGAAAAAGGGCAAGAAAAAGGAAGAGGCAGCUGAAGAUGAAGUGGAAUAUGAAAAGGAAGAUGAAAAGAAAAAGGGAGAUGAAAAGGAAGAGAACGAGGAUGAGUAGAUUCAAAAUGAAACUGAAAGUGAGUCCAUAGAAUAGAACAGCUUUCAGAAGAACCCAUGAUACACAGAUAAACAUGUGCCUCUGCUACUCAAAAAUAUAAAUAAAAUAAGAGAAUGUAAGGCAAUAAAAUAUUGUUAUUGUUUUAUA